GGAAAUAUAAAUAACUCAAUAGCUAAGGAUUUAUAAAAUUGUGCACAGAACAAUUUCUACUUUAGAAUGGCAGGAAGAGGUCGAGGUAAAGCAAGUGGCACUUUAACACAAGAACAACUACAAUCAUUGGGAGUUACUAGUAAAGAAAUACAGGCUGUAACAUCCGCUGCACCACCGCCUUUAUAUCCACCGCUGCUAUCAAAACCAGUACCGCUGGAAUCAAAUGCAGAUCGCAGCUACAAAAUUCUUUGGAAAGAAGAUUUUAUCUCAUAUCUUCGAGAAUCAACGUAUUACACAACAAAGAAAUGUUCCAGAUUACCAGUUCAACGAUACUCUGAUAAAGUCAUAAAUGUAAUAGAAAAUGAUCCCAAAACGAAACGCGAAGGAGACUUUCUUUGGCAGCUGAUGCCUGCGGAGUUGAGGCCAAGUUUUAAACGGAUUAGAAACACUACAGGACCAAGCAAAGAAAAGCGGAUGCGUGGAGCAGAAGAUAUUGAUGCCAAGCUGAAGGCAUUGGAGCAAAAAGAGUCAUCAGGCGAUAGAUCAGAUGUUGUAAAAAAAGAAAAAAGUGAUUCCGAGGAUGAAAAAGAAGGCGACGAUCAGGAAGAAGAGAUGGCCGAUGAAGAAAUGGAUGACGAUAAUGACUACGGGAACAAUUAUUUCGAUAAUGGCGAGGCAUACAACGAUGAAGACGACAAUUUGGAUGAUGGACCGGUUUAUUGAAAGUGAGAUUGCGCAAUCUCGGAGAAAAAGUCCAGCAAAUCGUUAAUGGUAAAUUCAAGGGUUAUCAUUGACCCAGCGUAGCACCGUUGAAUCCACUGUUCCAAAGAGUUAUAUUGAGUGAUAAACUCUUGCUGCAUUUCUCGCCAGACAACUUGUAACAAAUUUUCUU